CGGCCACUCUCGGAACUUCUGACACCCCGGGACAGGGACGGUAACCAGUUGCCACGAAAUCUCCCCCUCCUCUCCUGCCCUGCCUCCUUCUCGCGCUCUCUUUCCCUCCCGCUGCGACCAUGCCCUCGUCCAGCCUGGUCUCACUUUACCGGGCGUCCUUGCUCGACCGCCGAUUCGUCGUCCUGGACGUCUACAUUGUCCUUGGUUUUCUGCUGGUUGUCGGACAACUGGCAUACGGCGCCAUCUGGGGAACCUUCCCCUUUAACGCUCUGCUGGCCGGGAUCUUUGGUUGCGCCGGGUGCUCAGUGCUUGGUGCCAUUCUCCGGUCACAGCUCUCCCGUGCCAAUCGUCUCAAGUCCGGGCAGCUCCUGCCGGAGGACAAGUCCAUCGAUCUCCGGGUUAGCCAGCCGCUCACCCCGCAGCGUGCUAUGCUAGAUUUCAUUGUCUCCUCGCUGGUGCUUUUCUUUUUGGUCAUGGCUCUGCUGGGUUGAGCCAUCGGGAGGGUUUUUUUUCUGCAUAGCCACAUAUACAUAUAUAUAUAUAUAAACACAUGCAUAUGCACGUGUGUUCAUGUCCU